AGAACAGCGCAGCCGGCGCUUCCGGUCACGUGCGCGCGCUGGGGGAAGUGGUGGCUCGCGGAGCCGGCGAGGAUGCGGGUGAAGGUGCUGAGCCGCAACCCCGAUGAUUAUGUCCGCGACACCAAGCUGGACCUGCAGCGCGUUCCAAGAAACUAUGACCCUCUACUGCAUCCAUUUGAGGUUCCAAGAGAGUACACGAGAGCUCUGAAUGCAACAAAGCUAGAACGUGUAUUUGCAAAACCCUUUCUUAGCUCACUUGAUGGCCACAGAGAUGGAGUUAAUUGCAUGGCCAAACAUCCAAAGAGUUUGUCUACAGUGCUUUCUGGAGCUUGUGAUGGAGAGGUUAAAAUUUGGAACUUGACCAAACGCCAGUGUAUUCGUACUAUACAAGCCCAUGAAGGCUUUGUUCGAGGCAUGUGUGCUCGUUUCUGUGGUACAUCAUUCUUUACUGUUGGUGACGACAAAACUGUGAAGCAGUGGAAAAUGGAGAGCCCAGAAUAUGGAGAAGAAGAAGAACCUAUUCAUACAAUACUUGGAAAGACAGUGUUUACAGGAAUUGAUCACCACUGGAAGGAAGCUGUUUUUGCCACCUGUGGCCAUCAAGUGGACAUUUGGGAUGAGCAAAGGACAAGUCCCAUGUGUUCUCUGACGUGGGGUUUUGAUAGCAUAAGCAGUGUAAAAUUUAAUCCCAUUGAGACAUACCUUUUGGGAAGCUGUGCUUCUGACAGAAAUAUUGUGCUAUAUGAUAUGAGAAAAUCAACUCCACUAAAGAAGGUUAUCUUGAACAUGAGGACAAAUACACUGUGUUGGAACCCCAUGGAAGCUUUCAUUUUUACUGCAGCAAAUGAAGAUUACAACUUGUAUACUUUUGAUAUGCGCUAUCUUGAAUCACCUGUGAUGGUGCAUAUGGAUCACGUGUCUGCUGUACUUGAUGUGGAUUAUUCUCCCACUGGGAAAGAAUUUGUCUCUGCCAGCUUUGAUAAGUCUGUCCGCAUUUUUCCUGUAGACAAAGGUCGCAGCAGGGAGGUGUAUCAUACAAAGCGAAUGCAGCACGUAAUCACUGUAAAAUGGACUUCAGAUAACAAAUACAUUCUGUGUGGCUCAGAUGAGAUGAAUAUUCGUCUGUGGAAAGCUAAUGCUUCUGAAAAACUGGGAGUGCUUGCACCACGAGAAAAGGCAGCUAUGAAUUACAAUCAGAAGCUGAAGGAGAAGUUCCAGUAUCACCCAAAGAUCAGACGCAUAGCUCAACACCGUCACUUACCUAGGAGUAUAUUUUGCCAAAUAAAGGAGCAGCGUAUCAUGAGAGAAGCUCGUCGGCGAAAGGAACUGAAUCGUCGUAAACACAGUAAACCAGGAUCUGUGCCAUUUGUGUCAGAGAGGAAGAAACAUAUUGUGGCAGUAGUGAAAUAACUAUUUUUCUGUGUAUGAAAUGUCACAAUGAAAGAAAAUGUCACUAUUGAAUGAAUCCACAGUAUAAAAUUUGAUGGACAUUGGUAAGGCAGCGUAUGGCUCCAGAAACAUGCCUUUUCUUCCUAGUAUAUUCAUGUCCUGAUUUCUCAAAUCAUCAUCUGCUUUGGAGAGUUAAUCUUUUAUUACUAUUUGCAUGUCUGGUUUUACUGGCCUCACACUGUUUAUUGCAGUGGAGUUUGACUCUUUUGAUAUCAGCAGAUAACUUGGUAAUUGGCGGAGGAUAUCUGUAGUUCCAAUCUACUCUGUGGUACUAUUACUAUAAAAGAAGGAUGAACUUGAUUCAGAUUUGUCAGAGGCAAAAAAACCCUUUGUUCCACAUGGGAGUUAUAAAAUCAGUUGCCCUUAUGCUGUUUAUUUAAAAAAAAAAAAAAAUCUAAUAAAGUAAACAAGUGACCUUAAGGCAAUGGACUAGAUCUUGAUUAUUCCAGCUGACAAGUAUACUGUGUUAAACUUGUUACAAUAUGGCACAUUAUUUUCGUUUUGUCUCAGUGGAGUUCAACCAGAAUGUCAGACAUCUGUAAACAUAUUUAUGGUUUUGUUCUGUCUUCUUAAGUAUUGUUGUAUGACUUGACAAAACUUUAGACAGUUGAAGUUUCUAAUAUUAAUAAUGACAUUGUUAAUUAAAUGUAUGUUAUCUGUAUUUUAUUUAAAACUUCUAACAUCUGGAGGAAAGAUAACACAAAUUACGUGAAACCAGAAACUUCUUUAGGUGAGAUUUAUAAUAAGCCUUCUAUUUUAAGUUUAUAUAAAAAAAAAUAAAAGCUUUGCAUUUCACAA